AUGGCAAAUGCAAAUGGUGAUGGAAAUUUAACUGUCAUAAAUGAAACUUGCGAAAAGACUAGGGCAAAAAAAGAUGGUGAAAUAAAACUGCUUGAUCCAGCUGUCGAAAAUGGUGGUUGUGAUGAUCAGGAAGAAGAUGAAGUUGCUGAAACUGCCACAACAGAAACCAGCACAACAACUAAGAAAAAGAAAAACAGAAAGAAAAAAGCUGGAGGUGCGGCCAACAAAGUAGCUACCAGAGUGCAAACUGUACCUCCAACAAUUCCGAUUGCAGACCUCUUUCCUAAUGGUGGUCCUGAAGGAGAAAUAUUAGCCUACAAAUUGCCAGCAGACGACUCAAUGGCUAAAGAUAGGUACACGUCUGAGGAGGCACGUAGCAGGGAGAGAGUACACGAGGACAUGUAUAAAGAGAUAAGGAUAGCUGCAGAAGUGCACAGGCAGACAAGAAAGUAUGUCAGAGAUCACAUCAUCAGACCUGGGGUCAAGUUGAUUGACCUUUGUGAAACUCUCGAGAAUACUGCAAGAAAGUUGAUUAAAGAGAAUGGUUUAGAAGCAGGCCUGGCAUUUCCAACCGGUGUGUCCCUGAACCACUGCGCUGCCCACUACACCCCAAACAAUGGUGAUGACACCGUGCUUUCCUAUGAUGACGUCAUGAAGGUUGAUUUUGGUACCCACAUACGUGGCAGGAUUGUGGAUUGUGCUUUCACUGUGGCUUGCAAUCCAAAAUUCGAUAACCUGUUGAAAGCAGUAGAGGCAGCCACGAACACAGGAAUUAGGGAAUCAGGAAUUGAUGCUCGACUGUGUGAUGUCGGAGAGGCCAUCCAAGAAACAAUGGAAUCUUAUGAAUUGGAGCUGGAUGGCAAGGUCUUCCCAAUCAAAAGUAUCCGCAACCUGAAUGGCCACUCAGUCGGCAUCUACAGAGUUCACGGGGGCAAAACUGUACCCAUUGUGAAAGGAGGUGAAACAACCCGCAUGGAGGAGGGCGAGUUUUUUGCAAUUGAGACUUUUGGUAGUACGGGGAGAGGCGUGGUGCACGAUGACAUGGAGACCUCUCACUACAUGAAGAAUUUUGACAUCGGUCAUGUACCCAUCCGUAUGGCUAAGUCUAAGCAAUUGCUUGGGGUAAUUGAUCGAAAUUUUAGUACUCUGGCAUUCUGUCGUAGAUGGCUAGAUAGGUUGGACCAGUCAAAGUACCUCAUGGCCCUCAAGAAUCUGUGUGACCUUGGAAUAGUGGACCCCUACCCUCCACUGUGUGACAUCAAGGGUUGUUAUACGGCCCAGUUUGAGCACACCAUCCUUUUGAGGCCCACUUGUAAAGAAGUCAUUUCUAGAGGGGAUGAUUACUGA